AAAGCCGCGAAGGCGGCCUUCCCCACAUCUUCCAGCACCUGAGCGCGCGAACGCAUCUCACUCAGGCCCAGACGCGGACUUCUUCUCCCCGGGUCCUGGUCCUGCAUCCUCUCCCACAGCCUCCGUUAGGGGGUGGGAAAGGACGUUUUGCCAUAGGUCACUGAGGCCACCAUCUGCUCUCUUACUGGCCAAGGCCGAAAAAAGGUAGUCCUCCCAUUCGCUAGAGGGCAAACCCCACAAGCCUAUUGGCUGCGCCGUCCGCGGGCCUUGGUCCGCUUUGAGGCUGGCGGCGGCUGCGAGAGGAGGGCGGGCGGGAGGCUAACUGUUGUCGUGGUUACGCGGAGGCACGUGUGCAGUCCCGGAAGCGGCGCGAGGAAGCAGCUCCGCGCGCGCCGCGGGAGGAGGUGCCGCCCGGUCCGCUCGUUGGGCCAUGGAGUCGUUGCCUGAGCCCGCGUCCCGUUGUCUUUUGCUUCUCUCCUUGCUGCUGCUGCUGGCCCCGGAGCUGGGCCCAAGCCAGGCAGGAGCUGAGGAGAACGACUGGGUUCGCCUGCCCAGCAAAUGCGAAGUGUGUAAAUAUGUUGCUGUGGAGCUGAAGUCAGCCUUUGAGGAAACCGGCAAGACCAAGGAGGUGAUUGGCACAGGCUAUGGCAUCCUGGACCGGAAGGCCUCUGGAGUCAAAUACACCAAGUCGGACUUGCGGUUAAUUGAAGUCACUGAGACCAUUUGCAAGAGGCUCCUGGAUUAUAGCCUGCACAAGGAGAGGACCGGCAGCAACCGAUUUGCCAAGGGCAUGUCAGAGACCUUUGAGACAUUACACAACCUGGUACAUAAAGGGGUCAAGGUGGUGAUGGACAUCCCCUAUGAGCUGUGGAACGAGACUUCUGCAGAGGUGGCUGACCUCAAGAAGCAGUGCGACGUGCUGGUAGAAGAGUUUGAGGAGGUGAUCGAGGACUGGUACAGGAACCACCAGGAGGAGGACCUGACCGAAUUCCUCUGCGCCAACCACGUGCUGAAGGGAAAGGACACCAGUUGCCUGGCAGAGCAGUGGUCUGGCAAGAAGGGAGACACAGCCGCCCUGGGAGGGAAGAAGUCCAAGAAGAAGAGCAGCAGGGCCAAGGCAGCAGGUGGCAGGAGUAGCAACAGCAAACAAAGGAAGGAGCUGGGUGGCCUUGAGGGAGAUCCUAGCCCCGAGGAGGAUGAGGGCAUCCAGAAGGCAUCUCCUCUCACACACAGCCCCCCUGAUGAGCUCUGAGCCCACCCAGCGUCUUCUGUCCUGAGACCCCUGAUUUUGAAGCUGAAGAGUUGGGGGCACGGCUUUGGCAGGCCAGGAUGGCCCCACAGGCUUCAGGCCCUCCUUGCCUUGGCUGUGCCCUUUUCUACCACGGAAAGACACAAGCCCCUGGAAGAACUCAGAGCUGCCAUGGGCAGCCCACACCAGCCUUUCCCCUCCCCAGGCAUUUUUCUCCUGACAUGGGCUUCAGGCAGGCCUUGUGGUUUCAGGACUUCGAGGACUCCAGUAUGAACUCAGGAGGGGCAGGUGUCUGAGCCGGGCACCAGGACUGGAGCCCCUCCAGGGUCCAAGAGGAGAGCACGCUCACCUCCCCUCAACCCUGCCCCACAGGGAACUGAGACUGCAGCCCUCUGUAGCUCCUCUCUGCUCACCUCUCUGCUGAGGAGGGGGAGGCUAAGCCCACCCACUGUCAGGAACGCAAGUGUGGGGAGGGCCCAGGGUUGUCUUGGGGUGAGGGGAGGCAUGGGCCGAGGGUAAGGCCCAGUGCAGUGCACUGACCUUCCGCUGCUCACUUGUGUCCUGGGCACCUGGCUGCCUGCCUUCCCUCCCUCUCUCCCGCCACUCCCCUCCCCCACAAGGCCUCCCAUUUGUUGCGUAAAGUGUGUUUACCCAGCCAGUUCCUGCCUUUGCGCCUACUUCCACCUGGCCCUGCCUGUGGGUCUUGAACCUUGUUCUUUGAUGACCACACUGGUCACUCUGCUGUUUCUAGCUGUCCUGCCUGGAGUGCAGAUGGGAGGACACCCAGCUCCCAACACUACCUGGUCACACCAUGUUCCUCAGGGCCAGAGGAGGAGCAGGGAGGCCGGCCUCUAGGGAGAAGGGGUGGGAAGCUCAGGCUCCUCUCAGAUUGUCCUGAAGGGAGGGAUCAGGGCAGUUGGUACAGUAGUGAUGACAGUUGUAUGUAUUCACAGUGCUUUACCUUUUACCAUUACCACACACUUGUGAGGUGCGCUGUUAGCCUCACUGCAUAGAGGAGAAAACAGGCUAGAGUCAAGUGACCGUGGAGUCAAGGUCCUGGUGAGGAGUGGUAUUGCUGGGAGCACACCCUGGUGUUCAGGUCCAAGUCCAUGGUACUUCCAUUCUCCACAGCUGCCAGGCUCUUCCCCAAACUCCUGGCACUGACAGUGUGGUUCGAAUUGAACUGGUUUGGUUUCUUGGGCUUAACCUGUCACCACCACCAGGAUUCUUAAAAGGCAAAUAGGAAGCAGAUGUGUCUUCUUGGAAGGAAAGAAUGGCAGGAAGUCCCACCGGAGCUCUGCUCAAAUCAGAUCCCCUGUGAGCACCCACAAUGCAGCUCCACCUCACACUUCCCGGCCGAUCCCAGUAGGUAGAAGGGAUACACUGCUGAAGCCUCCCUGCAUCCAGUGAGCUGCUCUGGGGGCUGAACUCCCCUGGGAGUGAGUGGCUCCCUCCCACGGGUUAGGGCAGUCAAAGCCAUAGAGAAUGGAACAUAGUGGGAUCUGUCUCUCCUUUGGCUAUUGAGGAUGAUCCCAGAUCCUGGGAAAAUGAUACUGUUUUGGUCCAGCCCCCAUCUCGGCGUCUCCAGGAUGGAUGUUCCCUCUGUUAAAGGGGCUGGUGAGCAGUGAGAUUCUACUCUAGA